AUGGUGAAGAAUUUUAGGAGGAGAUUUAAUUUGCAUAUGUUAGGCUUGAUAGAGACAAAAAAAGAGGUUUUGACUAAAUUUGAUGUAGUACAACUGUGGGGUAAUGAUGUAGUAGGAUGGGAGUUUGUGGGAUCGGAAGGUGCCUCUGGUGGUCUACUGUUGAUGUGGGAUGAAACGGUUUUUAAUAUGAGAAAUUGUCAUAAAGGAGCUAGAUGGUUAUGUGUGGAUGGAGUGCUGGUUAAAAAUAAUUUUCGGUGUGCCUUCUGUCUAGUGUAUGGUGAGCAUAUUAGGGAGGAAAAACUUAUUGUGUGGGAGGAGCUGAGUUUCAUAUCAGGCUUAUGUCAAUUACCUUUCUGCUUUAUGGGAGAUUUUAAUGAGAUUACUCAAGUAGAGGAGAGAAAGGGGGCUACUUCUAUGCUGGUAUCCGCAGUUGAGUUUAAAGAUUGGAUUCAAGAUAUGGAGCUUGUGGAUCUCGUUUUGUCUGAUUGUAGGUUCACAUGGUUCAGGGGCCAGUCAUGUAGUCGUAUUGAUAGGGUACUGGUUAGCUUGGAGUGGCUGGAAGAGUUUCCUGAAACAAGAUUACGAGGAGGGCCACGAGGGUUGUCAGACCAUUGUCCGUUGGUCAUGGAUGUCACACGGAUGGGAGGGGGACCUAAGCCUUUUCGAAGUCUGGAUUCUUGGUUUACUCAUGAUGGGUUUUUGAGGAUGGUGAAGGAGGAGUGGAGGAGCAUAGGGGAGAGACAAUUCUUGGACAAGCUCAAGGCUAUGACGACCCCACUGCGCAGAUGGCAUAGAGAAAAUUUUGGAGAUAUGGAUAGGAGGAUUGAUAGGUUUGAAGAGGAGAUCAGGAAGGUUGAUGAAAUGGUGAGCAAUGGAGUGCAUGAUGGAACAGCGGAAUCAAGGAGGAAGGCACUGGUGAGCUCAUGUAAAAAAUGGUAUAUCAGGAAGGAGAUCCAUUGGAAGCAGAUGUCUCGAUCCAGACAUGCUAAGGAGAUGGACAGAAACACUAGAUACUUCCACAACAUAGCAUCGGCAAGGAGGAGAAACAAUCGAAUUGAUGCCUUGAGAAUCCAUGGAAGACUAGUUAGGAAUCAACCCCGAAUUAAAGUUGCUAUAAGAGAGUUCUACAAGGAUUUGUACCAUCAGGAGACCUCACCUAAUAUAGGGUUUCGGGAUGGGCUGGUAAGGCAGAUAUCUGAGGAAGAAGCAACAGGGCUGGAGUUGUUGCCAACUGCUGAAGAAAUAAAGUGA